AUGAGCUUGAUUACGCAGAUCGAAGGGUUGUCUUAUUUCCAAUUCAACGUAAACUCACAGGAUGAGUUCAGUAAGAUAUCAACGUUGAUAUCAGGGCAUUUGCUGGAGCCGUACUCGAUCUAUGUGUACUGGUUUUUCUUGAAUACUUGGCCCCAAUACUGCUAUAUAGUCAAAGAAUUCGCCGAGUCGCCAGAUAUAGUGGGGGUGAUUAUAUCUAAGGUGGAGGCUCAUCGGGAUGUAAGAAUGAGAGGGUACAUUGGGAUGCUAGUUAUCGAUCCAGCGUACAGGGGACGAAAAAUCGCAACGCACUUGGUGAAGUUAACGGUGGACAGGAUGGUCCAAUUGGAUGCGGUUGACGAGGUGAUGUUGGAAACGGAGGUAAUUAACAAGGGAGCAUUGGGGUUGUAUGAGUCGCUUGGGUUUGUCAGGUCCAAGAGACUCUAUAGGUACUAUUUAAAUACACACGAUGCCUAUCGAUUGAUCUUGCCCAUUUCUUCGAAGUCAGGCACAAGAAUAGCAUUUCUACCACCAAUUGAGGGUUCUGAAGCAAUGGCGACGUAA